CUACAAGAGUUCCGAUCCUUUCUGGGUCACCUGGAGAAGUGACACACCUGCGUGAGUUAGGUCACAUCCAGCUCUAGUUGGUGCAUCACCCCCAUUAUAGGGCCUCCCGGGAGAGUAUGGAAACACCGGAAUAGUUCAACGUCGACACGGAGAAGUCUCUGUGCAGGCUCCAUCCUGUGCCAUGCAUCCUCGGGAGGGCAGGGUCACCUCGGCACAUGUUUUGUUUUCCAAACGCGUACCUGGAAAGGAAGACUGUCGCCAUGGACGCCCUCGCCUAUGGAAUUAAUUACUCCGUAGGGCGGCUCCCCCAACCUCCUACUACAACUCCCGCGUUUGCGGCUAACUUUCUGACAAACAAGUGAGCCAUCGCACCUGAACACUCCUGCUCACAGGUAGAAGCGCUCUUCUCCUUCGUCAUUUGCUGCUCAAUCGGGGUAUCAGGAUGCCGAGCCAACUGGAAGGCGCUAUGGACGCCCUGAUCUCAGUCUUCUACAACUACUCGGGCCACGACGGGGACAAGUACAAGCUGAACAAGGGCGAGCUCAAGCAGCUGCUUCACACAGAGCUCACAGACUUCCUCACGUUUCCAACCGCCAGUCACCCUACCCAAGAUGGCCGUAAAAAGGACGGCUUGUUGAUAACAGGCGUCCAAUCAUCCUUCUGCUGUGGAUAUAUUUCACACCAGUCCAGUCCAUUUGGUCGGCAUCCUCCCACUUCAAAUGGAGCCGUCAAUGGCAGAUCGCAAAAGGACCCCCUGCUGGUGGAGAAGAUCAUGAGCGACCUGGACUCCAACAAAGACAAUGAGGUGGACUUCAACGAGUUUGUGGUGCUGGUAGCCGCGCUUACCGUCGCCUGCAACGACUUCUUCCAGGAACAGAAAAAGAAGAACCCCAAGUAGAUUACUCGUUUAUGAACCACUCUGUACAUCUGUCUAUUAAAAUGACAUCAUUGUUGUGUCGCUACGUAUUGUUGUUGUUGUCAAUAAAUGAAACUAUUUCGUUUUAAAACAUAUCGACUCUUGCUUAAUCUAAAAAAAAAUCUGCCAUAGCAACUGCAAGAAAACAUGUUAUUUGAUCUGAAAUAUGAAGAGAAAGCGCAAAAACACAUCUGGGUUUUCAUAACGCGAGUUCUUGCGAACAUCACACCCUUCGCACGCUAGCGGCCUUUUCUGAUGAUGACAUCCGAAGACUUAGCUUUUUGGAAAGAAAAUCUCGAGGUCAGCAUGACGCACGGACCACCUGCGUCCACUGGCGUCGGACCCUCAUGUGUGACGUUUUUCUUCCCCCGGGCAGCGACUCCGACACUCGGCUCGGUGUAAGAAUGAGAAAAAUGUAUUUCCAGUUUGUCAUUACUUGAUUGGAGAUGACAUUUGGCGGCAACGCGGGAUGCUUUCAUACUGUGCUCUUUGUUAACGUGAUUGGCUUUGAUUGAGUCGAGCGGAUGCCCGCAAAGGAUGGGAAGUUGCAAUUAUAAGCUACAGUUGGCGUAAAGGUUGCAGUCAAUCAAAAAUGUCCUUUAGGUACGAAAAAAAGACAUGUAUUCUUUUGAGAUGUUUUAAAAGCAUGUAGAUCCUAGAGCAGGAAAAUGCAUGUUUUUAAUUUACCGCCAGUGAGGUAAGUUGGGAUAUGUGCUUGAAAUUAGGUGAA